CAGGCCGGGUAACCCGAUGGGCCAGGUUCGUAAUUGGAGGGAAAACGCAUAUAAAAGGAAGAAAAUUGGAGGGAAAAUCAGAAUCUGUGGAAAAAUGACUAGAAGACGCCUCAGAGUGAUCGAUUCCUCCUCCGAAGACGACGACGGCGGCGUCGUACAACAACCACAAUACCAACAAGAAGAACACAUGCGACACGAACAAGAAGAAGACGAUAUCGAAGUUGAACUCGAAGAAUCCACGCUCAACCUCGAAACGGUAACCCUAAACACCCCAAACCCUAAUCCUAACCCUAACCCAUACCCUAACCCCUCCCUUCCCGUCCAGCUCGAGAUCUCCGACGACGAUGAAGAAUUCAUCGACGUCCAGCUCGAGAUCUCCGACGACGAUGAAGAAUUCAUCGACGUCACUGAGAACCUCUCUCCUCCUCCCCCUCCGCCAGUUACGGACCAGUCCUUUCACUCGUCCUUCGCCUCGAGUUUUUGCAGUAAUUCUAACAACUUUGCUGAAGAUUCUGAUUUUCCGAUUAGCGGGUUUCUUGCGAGGCUCGGGUUGAGGCUGCGGAGGGAGUGGUUGGAUUCUUGUGUACGGGGUUUAGAGAGUUCGGUUCAGGGAUUUGGGAGCUUGGAUUUGGCUGGAAAAGCGAAGUUAUGUUUUGAGCAGUUUUUGCGUUCGGAUAUGAAUUUCUCUGGUGCUGGAAUACUCCCUGAGAAUGUGCACGACAUGGAUCUUGUUGAUCUCCCUGGCCCUUAUGUUUUGCAGGUUGAUGAAAUCGUGAAUCUUAGUUGUCCUCUUAAAGGAAGGUACCAGAGUGCACCUGCUGGGCUUAAGAGAUGCCUCAAAUUGUCUAUGACUGAUGGUGUUCAACGGGUGUUUGGCAUGGAAUAUCGGCCUGUAAAGGAUCUUGAAGUUCUGGCUCCUGCAGGAAUGAAGGUUGCUAUUUGCAAUGUCAAUAUACGACGCGGGCUUCUGAUGUUAGUUCCUGAAGAUUUUGAAGUUUUAGGAGGAGUGGUUGAGGAUUUGGAAGCAGCAAGGCAGAGGCUUGUCCAAGAAGUAAACAAGCCACCAAGAGGAAAAAGAACCAGGACAGGAAUGGUUCCUCCUUUAGCAACCAGAGCUACUGGUGCUGCAUGGCCAUCAGACAGUGUAGGUGCUCCAGGGCACACCAAUACUCCGAUACCACAAGCUGCUGCUCCUCCUUAUGCUGCUGAACAAGGUAGGGCGUCUGGUAUCUCUACGAGGGAAAGGACUACAGAAGGUUUUGCCAUUCCUACCAGAAGGGGAAAUGCUGAACCAAAUCCUACUUUUACCUCUGUUCCAGAUGACAAUGAAAUUCAUAUGGUUGAUCCGGUGGAUCACCAAGACAUUCGAACGGGAGAUAAUGAUAUGUCAUUCACGUACUUAUCCUGUUUGUGGGCUACGUUGGCUGAAAUGAUGGAUAAAUCUCUUAAUGUCAAGGGCAAAAUUAAGUGCUUUAUGACUGGUGUGAAGGGGUUCCAGUUCAAGCAUAGGGCCACGUUUGAGCUUUGUGUUUAUGUUGAUGAUGGUAGCAUGAUUUCCGAGAUUCUCAUAGAUCACAAAGUUGUUCAGAGCGGAAUAGGUCAUUCUCCCAAGGAGGUUACUGCUGCCCUUACUUCUUCAGAUACCAAGAGAGUUAGCGAUAUGAGAGAGACAUUGAAACAGUUCCAAGUUUUCUUAGCAAAUUUUGAGGGUACGAUGGUUGUGCAGGUAAGUGAAAACUCUCUGACUCCAGUUGCUAUUGAAAUGGAUCAGGGGUGUCCUACAUCUUAUGCUUGGUUGCUUCUGAGGAGGCUGCAGUCUUCUAAUACCGCGCAACCCCAGCAGCCUUCUCACUUGAAUCCCAUCAAUCUAUCCCCUUGACUUAAUCAACAUUGCAUCUCCUUGCAUUAGGCAUUUUGUUAACAAGUCAGUGGGUAUUUGCGCCCCUGAAGGAUGGAUGGGUAUCAUCCAGGAAAGGAUUUCAAAAUCCACAGUAACUAUGUCAAGGGCUGGUAACUUGGAAGCUAUUUGAGUUGGUGAAGAUUUGCUAACCCUUUUGAGAUACGGUGGAAUUCUAUGGUAGUUAGUGUGCAAGCAACGUCCAUUGAAACUUUUUUGGGAACUAGUGCAUGCAACCGCAUCUUCAUUGAAGGGAAAUCAGUGUGUGGCUUUGGUUUGGGUCAUAAGGAGGUAAUCUUCAAAAUUUUCCAAUGAGCGUGCAAAACCAAGCCACGAAACCUGGCCCAGGAUCAGAGGAAGUGCCGCGAACUGACUUCACCAGAUUGUACAGCUAAAGAGUUCCAUUAUAGGUAUUUUUCCUCUUAGCAAUUGGAACUUUAUAAUUAUAUCUGUAGAUAUCCCUUGCAAUAUCAUGCCUCUCUUAAACUUUCUAUGCAGUUAAAGUACCUUAUUUUUGCUAUAGUCUGCAUGACUUGAAAUUACAUGAAAAGAAUCUAGAAUGGACAUGUCACAAGGCAGUGGUUAUAUACUACUGCAUGUGUGCUUGAAUUGAUUUAGUUUUAUUCUGUGUUUUCAACUGCAGUAACAUACUGUUAAGUCAGCUCCUCCAUGUGCUGCAGUAUUUCAAUGAAGUUUAAUCUUCCAUU